CUAAGAAUUACAAACUGUUUUGGAUACCUUCCGCUUCACUGCAUUUCCAUUGGGUAAUCUUUGUUACAGUGGAAGUGAUAAAUACCUAUUUUCUACUUUUAUAGCGUUAGGAUACUAAACAUUAACAGCUCAAUGAAAAGUUAAAUGCUGUGUCGCUCGUUUGGUGAUAAGGUUGAGUAGCUAGCCACCUGUUGAUCCAUCGAGCAUCUUUGUUUACAUUUAGCGAGCGUUGCUGUGCCGCUGUGAUCUCAGAUAUUUAAAGCAUAACCAGAUGCUGAUGAAGUUAAAGGUCUUCUGGACCUUUUCAUCUGUGCACAUAAGCUGUAAACAUUGCUUCAGCGCCGGAAAGCAAGACACGCACCCGUCAUUAGUCUGAUGUUUGGGCUCGAGGAGAGAUUAACCGAAGAGGUAAUCUGACUGACCGAGCUCAGCCUGCACAGAAGCUGAGUUCUCUACACUCAGUGAGAUGGCCGUGGUGAUGAAUAGGUUCAGCAGAAUCCCGGCUGCCUGAUGUUGCAAGACCUUCAGACAUCUGAUGUUCCUCUGCUCUGGACAGGAAAAGCCCCUCAGUGAGACAGCUGAGAGGCGGGCUGUUGCUGGUAGUGUCAAUCCAGCCUCCUCUAGGUCGAAGCCCGUCUCAUCCAAAACCCGCUCUGUAGAGAUGGAGUCUGUUUCAAGGAAGAAGGUCGGCUGUGUACGUCAGGAAAACGCCCGUCUGACUCUGCAGGAUGAGCAGCUCAUUGGUGACUUGGAUGCAAUACAGUAUGAAAUAGCUACCUCCAAGUCUCAGAGCUACCUCAGAGGCACUAGGGCUGGAGUUAACAACAGUGUGGCAAUCAUGAGUGAACAGAUUCGUCAGCUUGAAGCAGAGCUGGAGGCUCAGGCCAAAGAACUAAAGGCAGUAGAGCUGAGGGCCGAGUGUUGCGAGGAAGCCGCAGCUCACAGUGACAUUGUGGUGGCGACUCUUACUGAAGAGCUGAACACGCUCAGAGAGGAGCUGGAAAACAAGGCAGCCUUAGGAAAACGGGCGGAGCAACAGAGGAAUCAAGCACUUGAAAAUGCAGAGAAACUCAAAGAAGCUUUCAAAGAUUAUAAGGCUACAAUUUCUAUAAAGCUCAAAAAGGUGAUGGAGAGUGAAAGCAAGCUAAAAGAGAGUCUCGUUGAGAGUGGCAGAGAAAAAGAGGAGCUGGAGAUGAAGUGCACUGUGUUGGAGAGAGAGAAGGCAGAGCACAGCCAGACAAUUAGUAAGCUGAAGGAGGAGGUGAAGCAGUUUAACGCUGCGGCUUCUAACCUCCAAGCCCAAAUCGAAGAGGCUGGACGCAAAGCCUCGCAUCUGGAGCGGCAGCUUGUGGAGCGAGGUGCAGAGUGCAGGGAUGUGGCCUCUCUGCGCAGGGAGCUGGAAAACCUGCGAGCUCUGACUCACAGCCAGGAGCAGAGAGUGGCCCAGAGCCAAAAAGAGGCUCAGCAGAGCCAGACAGAGCUGGCCAGCCUGGAGGCCGUGCUGGCACUGCUGCAUCUACCAGAGGGUGCCAUGGGACAAAUCUGUGCCAGUCCUUGCAUGUUACCCCCAGUGAACUAUACAGGAGCUGCACACCUGAUGAAGCUCAAGCCAGGUGAAGGCUACCAGCAGCUGCUGCGAGUGCUGCAGUCGAAGGAAGCUGAGUGGCUGAAACAGAGCAGCCUGAUCGAGUCUCUUCAGGAGCGUCUGAGCAGAGCCCAGGAGGAAAUCUCCUCCCUGCAGAGCUCCAUGGCCCAAAGAGCCUCCCACUACCAGAGCCUCCACACAGAGCUGCUAGACAAAGUCAACCAAGCCACAGACAUGGAGAAAGAGUUAAAGAAAAAAAAGGCACGAGCUGCUGCGCUGGAAAAGCAGUUACAGGAGAAGACUUCGGCCUACAGUCUGGCUGCACUGAAGAACACUGAGCUGGAGAAUCAGCUACAGGAGAAGAGCAGCAGUUUGCAGCAUUACCAGUCACUGAUGACCAAAAAGCAACGAGAAUAUCAGCAGUCUCUGGAAAAGUGUAAACAGUCUCAUUCUCAUCAAUUCACGGAGCAGCAACAAAGAAUACAAAUGUUGCAGUUGUCUCUGGAAGAGGCUCACUCUCGGCUGGUGGAGAUGGAGCAGGAGUUGAGUUCACUCCAGAGGGAGCGAGACGGGGCUCAGAAAGCAGCUCUCUUGCUGCAGAGCUCUCUAGACCAGCUCACACAGGAGAAGCAGGUGGAAGUCAGGCAGAACGAAGAGUUGCUCCAGAGUUUCAAAGAGCAGGCAGCUGAUUCUGCAGCCAAGGUGUGUGAGCUACAGUCAUCUCUGUCAGCAUGCAGAAAAGAGAUGAACUCAUACUUGCAGCAGAUAGAGGAGAUGAAGAAGAACUAUGAGACCGAGCUGCAGAAGAAGAAGGAUAAGGUGUCCUCUCUGCAGGAGAAGCUCCACAGCACCACUCUGGUUUGUCAGCACUCCAGCGAGGAGAACCUGCAGCUGCAGCUUUCCCUCCAGCAGCAGCAGACCAUGCUGACUGAGAGCAGUGCUCGCGUUUCCGAGCUAGAGGAGAGCCAGAGCCAGCUGCACAGACAGGUGUCCAGUCUGGAGCAGCAGCUGGAACGAGCCCGGGCAUCUCUGCAGGAAGAAUUAAGGAAGAGACAGGAAGAUGCUCAGGUGAAGGAGAAGAACCUGCAGGAGAUAAACCAGCAGAAUGAACAACUCUCCGAGUCUGUGAGCCGCCUCACAUCAGAGGUGAAACAGUGCAGAGAGGAGCUGGUGUCCAAAGAGUCAGAGCUGGAGCAUCUGAGAAAGGAUGUUGUCAUUAAGGCUUCUCAGAUCAGUUGUAUGGAGGAGAGUCUGCAGCACAUGAAGAGCCAACUCAUCAGCAAGAAUGAAAUGGCUAUUGAUCUGGAGGAGCAGGUUCAUAGGUGUGAGGCAGAUCGGCUUAACUGUGUCCAGCAACUCCAGAUCUUAGAAGGGCAGCUGCAGACAGAGCAGGAAAAGUUGGCUGACACUCUGAAGCAACUACAGGAGCUCAAGGAUGUUUUACAGAGAACUCAAAAGGUUUCAGAUGAGCGGCAAGCCUCAGUGGAAAAACUGACUCUCCAACUGAGUGAGACCCAAAGAGAGUUGGAGGACCGAACUCACGAGGUCUUAGACAUGGACAACGCCCUGAGGGAAAGACAGGGGGAGCUCCAACAGAGAGCAAAGCUGCUUGGCCAACUGGAUGUGGCCAUCAAAGAGCACAAGCAGGAGCUGGAGAGGAAGGUGGAGUCUCUGCAGCAGAGCUUGGAAGCCAGAGAGAGAGAGCUGAGAGAUACACAGAGGGAGCUGAGAGACAGAAACACGAAGGAGUCCCGGGAGCUCAGCCAGCAGCUGUUUGCAUGUCAGCAAAAACUUCAAAAAGUUCUUAAAGAACUUGAAGAAACUCAGUGUCACCGUGAGGCCUUGACCAGAGAGCUGGAUGCUGCCAAGCUGCAGACCAAAGAGACGGAGGCCCAGCUGUGUAGUGUGAAGGAGGAGCUGACUCUGAAGGAGGUGCGCUGGCAGCAGUCAGAGGCCAGGCUGCAGAGCAUGGUUACCACUUUAGAGCAGGAGCUGGAGCUGGAGAAGGAGCAGCACAGCAAGGAGCUGGAGUCUCUUCAGGAGACUCGAGGCCAGCUCCUCAAAGUCUCAGAGCAGAUCUCCUCCACCAUGCGCUCCUCCCAGGAGCAGCUUUCUGCUAAACUUCAGCAGACCCAGGCUCAGCUUGAGGAAGCAACGGCCCACACUGAACAGACCAAAGCCCAGCUGGACCAAACUAAGGCGGAGCUGGAUCAUGCCCGGAACCGAGCCACUCGCCUCCAGUCACAGUUAGACACGAGCCAGGCCCAGCUCCUUCAGAGCAAAACUCAGCUGGAGCAGAGCAGGAUUCUGUACGAGCAAACCAGAGCCCAGAACAGUCAUCUCCAUGCACAGCUGGAGCAGCUGACUGCCCAGUUAAAUCAUACCAGAGUCCAGGCUGUACAGCUCCAGAAUCAGCUCCAUGCCUCUGAGAAGUCUGUGGAGACCUCCAGCGAUUCCCUCCUCCUCAAGGAGUCUGAGGUGACUCGUCUCCAGGCCAGGAUCUCCAGUUUGGGACGAGCUGCAGACCGACAAAAUCUGUAUAAUCACACACCGUCUCUCUCUGCUCUGCACAAAGUCACAGACUCUCCAGAGUGCUCCCUCGCUGCUCAUUCCCCUGAAUCCUCCCCCAAAAAGCUUCACAUGACUGUCAGCUCUCCUCAUGCUCACUCCACACAUAUACGCUCCCCAACACAUGCACAAACCUAUUUAUCACCGUCUGUUCACUCAUACCUUAAACCAACCUCAGCCCUUCACCUGUCUGAGAGCCACCAAAUAUGUGACUGGCUGCAGAGCAGCAGUAUUGAUUCCUCUUUGGACCUCUCUCAGAGCCUAAAGGUCACACUGAAAGAGGCUUUGAGUAAGCAACCGUGGGAAUCCUUGUCUCACUCAGUUUCCUCUUUACCAGACACAGUGGACCACAGUUGGCAGGGACUCAGUGCCACAGAUGCCACAGCAAUCUCUGAUAUCUCCUUUAACCCGCUCACAUACAUGGUUGACAAAGAAAGUGACAGAAACCCAGGGGUGGAGGCUACCUUGAUGGAGAAGGAUGAAGGUGAGCUGCUCACUGAUUCGAGGAGAGAGUCUGUGAGCACUCUGGUGGGUCAGGAAGAGGAGGUUGAUAUGAGUUCACUGACAGGCAUGCUGAAGUUUGUUAAUCAGACUUUGGCCAUGCAGGAAGAUCCCACUUUAUGGAAAUCCACCAAGCUACCACAGACCUGACACAGCCUCACAUCACAGGUAAAAACACUCAUCCAGAAACCUGUAUACUUGAAUUAUCUGUGGUGUGUCAGAGAUAAUAACGUGUUCAUUCAGGACCACAUCACACUUACUAAAAUAGAUCAUCAGAGCUUUUUAUUUAGACAUACAGCAUACAGUACCGUGUAUGUUUCUUUUUUGUUUUUAGUGGGACCUCGAUGCAUUUGAGCACAUUAAAUAUAAUCCUGUGCAUUUUCAUUAAGCCCGUCCUCCAGGUUUGUGUCUGUUAAAAGAUUAACUCUAGUAAAGACGACUGCUGCUUUAGCUACUGUGACAGUUUAAUGUAAAUGUAGCAUUCAUGUUUCAUGUCUUCUUACAACCAAUAUUUAUGUAUGUUU